GUCAGUCGGGCCUUCUGGGCUUCCUGGUCCUCAGCUCCGCCUCGCCUCGAUCUGGCCGGACAGGGGAAACACUUCUCAGUUAAAGAACAAAAGCAACAACGGACAGACGGAGGAGGACGAAGUGACGGCCACUCAAAUUCGGAGCCGAACCUCUCGGAUUUGGAGAUUUGAGCCCUCCACAGCAGGAAUCAGCCGACGACUGAAACUCCCACGAAAGGCGACAAACUUGGUCGCGUCGCAUCUUUGUAUCCCGACCGUAAUCCGUCGAGUUGUGUGAUAAAUAAGACAAGGGUCAAGCAGACAGACAGACGGUAUUGUUUCCCCUGGUCUUCUUCCAAACUUCGGCCAUUAAAAGCGGAGUAGCAGAAGGCAAACUGAGGAUUUCUUUUGUUUCCUUUUCGCUGGCACGGACCUCUGGAGUAAAGGGUUAUUUUGGCAUUUUCGGUUUCUGUUGAACUGUCUGCCUUUGUGAAGAGGCUACACUUAUCUUUUGGACUGAGAACUUGGAAGUGGAACAAAGCCUGACUGGGAAGGGGUGAGAGACCCUACUUUCAUGUCCCAGAUGGCAACCUACAGUGAACCUAAUGGAAGAACUGGACUACUUCUGAGCAUGAAGGAGGCUUACAAAGGCAAAAUAACAAAGAUGGAAAGUGAAGGAAAGCAAGAAGCUAAACGCUCUGUCAAGGAUUUGCGCCACUCUGCCAGCCCAGCCGAAAGCAACCCAAGUGGUGUGGCUAGUUUCACAACUAACCACAACUCUGUCGUGUGCCUGCCCCUAGUGUCAGAGGGACUGAAAUUGGUAUGGACACAGUCUGAUCAGACCCGAGAACUUGACGCCAUCCCAGAGCUGGUCCAAGCUUUUAAUUUAUUUCCAUACCCAUCGUCUCGUGAAGUUAACGCCCUAGCCCGGGUAUGUGCCCUGCCACUGGACAAAGUUAAGGUGUGGUUUAUGGUUCAGAGAAUUAAAUAUGGCAUCAGCUGGUCCUCAGAAGAGAUAGAGGAGACACGGCGGAAACUGUCUGUGCCUGAGCUUUAUGAUGACUCUACUGAAACAAAUGAAGAAGCCAAAAUUGAUAGCAAGAGCAGCAGCUGUGAUGAAAUGAUAAGUGAAGAUAAGGAUAAUGACAUAGAGGGUGCUCUUUCCAGCCUCAGCCCCCAGAAAAAGAAACCAAAGUGUGAAUCACCAGAUUCCUAUAAACCAGCCAAACCCACUUCCAAGUGUUUCAGUUCCACCCUCCCACCUCCUCAGGAUUCAUACUUCUACCGCCCACCAGUGGACACACCAGCAAGUACUGCAGCUGAUGUCUCCCUUGACCUUUCCGAAUCAUCUUCACGACAACACCGUCAUGGACGUUACAAAAAGUCUAAAGCUCAGCUUGCUGCCCUUCGCAAGAGCUUUCUGAGAGAGAACUGGCCUGCAGAGGUAGAGCUUAGACGUUUGCAGGAAGAAACUGGGUUGAGCCGCAAUGACAUCCGUAAAUGGUUCAGCGACAGCCGUUACCAGCUUAGGGUUGGUCGAGGAAGCCUGGCAGCAGCCCAGAACUAUUCUCACCUUACUGCUGUUGGGGGUAAACAAGAUCAACAAAUCCAACCUCUUCCCCUUGUUACUCAGAAUCCUCGUCAACUAAAUGGUGUGAAGGGCCAGGAGGUAGGUCGUAGUAAUGGGAUUAGAAAUUCACAUUUCUUUCAGACCUUCUUGUCAAACAGCCUGGAGGCAUUUGGGGAAAAGAUCAUUGAGGCAGAUGGGUAUGAAGUGACAGAGGAGCUUUCUGGUGAUGGGGACAGUCUUAAAGAUGAGGAACAGAGCGAAGAAAAACCUUUACAAUUGACCAAGAGCUGCAAGACUGAGCCAGAUGUUCCACAGGAAUCAUCAGAUAUAUCAAAAUCCUCUCCCUACUCUUCCCCCUCUGGCAGCCCACCACUCACAGCCUCACCUAAUAAACAACUUUCAAACAGUAUCAGCACAUCAAAGAGGUCAGCCCAUUCAGCCAAAGCCAGUCCCUCACAACCACCCUUGCAUGUCUCAAGGGCCUCCUCAUCUACAUCCCCUGCCCUCACUCCUGCUGGGCGACCAAGAAAGACCAAGGAGCAGUUGGAUGUGUUAAAGCAGCACUUCUUACGCUGCCAGUGGCCCAAGAGUGAAGACUACACAGAACUUGUUAAGCUUACAGGUUUACCACGUGCCGAUGUUAUUCAGUGGUUUGGGGACACGCGGUAUGCUGUUAAAAAUGGUCAACUACGCUGGGUUAAGGGUGUCCGCGACCAGUUCUUGGCAGAACUUGCUGCCCAGCAAAGUAGCAGUGGCUUAAGUAAUGGAAGUGGCUCUGGCACAUCUACUCGGGUCGGGGGUCGCAAGCGAAAAUCUCAAACAAAUGGAACAAGUACAGAUACCCCAAACAUCCAACCAUUGGUAUCGUAUUACCUUUCAACAGGCUCACUACAUGAAAAAGACCUUGACACUCUAUGCAAGAAAUCAAAAAUGAGCUACCAGCAAGUUCGAGAUUGGUUUGCAGCUCAGGAUGUUGGGGAGACUGACCAAGAACCUCUUGUUACUGAUUAAGAGACAUAGACACUAAAGACUAUAUGAAAGUUGGUUGAGUGCUCCUCACAUCCUUCGCACCAACAGGCAUAGUUAUGACUUGGGUUUAUAUUUGCUUUAAUUGAAGCAGGUUUGUAAUAUUUAGUCUUCCCAGUACAAGCCCAAAGUGAGGUUUGUGUUUUUUAUAUUUGUUGCGUUUUCUGUUCAUCUUAAUAUAUUUGGACUUGAAUAUAAUUGUGCUGCCUGUGUUGCUGUAAAUAGGACAGUAACUUGUACACUGGUUUGCUAUAUUUUUGAGCUUACUAUUUUUGUUUAGAUAUCAAUACUACAGAUUUUUUAGUAUGCUAUUGUAGCAGUAAUUUAAACUGGUUGUAUUUUUGGUACCUAAGUAUAGCACAUGAGUAAAUGCUCUGGAAACAUUUCUAUGUUGAUAAUUUUGUUGACUGAUCACUGUGUGUUCUCAUUCCUUUACACCCAAUAAUUCCUUAUCAUGAAAAGCACACUGGACAUGUAUACUUUAAAUUGACAUCUUGCACUUUGGUUUUAGAGCCUGCUGCCAUUAUGCCUAUUAAAUCCAAUUAUUUCACAAAAUACGAAUUCCUCACUAAACAGUGUCCUUUUUGACCCCUUAACAUCAAAACCCUGUAUCAUGCCUUUUCAAAAACAUAAUCGGUAUGGAAUAGACUGUUGCCUCUAAUCCAGUUAAUUUCUUCAGCAUAUUCCUGAAAUACAUUCCCCGAUCUGCUUUUUGGCAUUCUGAAAUACUUGAUUUACUUUGCACCUAAUUUGCAUUUUUCAGUUAAGGGUCCCGGUACCAAAAAGCAACAAUCACAUUGAAAUUAUACAGAUAUCAGAAUAGCCAACAUUUUUGAUUUGCACCCAUUGAUUCAGUCAGUAUUUUUAUAUCCUCUUUUGUCUUAAUAGAUAGUAGGGUGUGACUUGAUGGUUUAUAGUAUAGACAAACUAGAUAACUGAUGAUGUUCCAUACAUUGUAUAACUAAGUGGCAAAGGGUUUGAUUUAACAAUCCAAAGAAAAACUAGAAUUUCAUUUCUGUCCUAGAUUAUUCAUUACAUCACAAACAUUUCAUGUUGAAGUUAUCAGUACAGGCAUUGUUAGUUCAUACAUUUGCUGUGUGUAGUACUCUAAAGUACAACUCAAUUGACAUGCAGAGGGUUAAGUGGACUCUAAAUUGAGUAAAAGUUAAGUUUGGGUAUAGUUUAUAGGGUCUAGAACAGAUGAACAGAAUUUUGAUAUAUCAGUGUAUAGCACUGUGUUUUGUGAUUCUGUUAGUCAUAAAAACAUUCAUGCAAGUAUUGUGCUGAAGGGAAAUCUCCAAAACACUUUGUCUUCCUUUGCAGAUGUUUUCAAUGUAGUUUUUCCUGUUAAAAAAAAUUCUUAUUUGCACAAUUGUGUCACUGGAAACAAGUAAAAGAUUUGCCUUU